CCCCUCAUUUGUAAGCGAUCCAGUUUAUAUUAUCUAAUCUUAUGUUGUAUGAAAAUAAGUAUUUUUAUUCUUGAUCUCAAAGGAGAGCAAACAUAACGUAGAGCAGGACAAGUCUGUAUGCUUCACUUAAAUAUUUCACAAUGCAAGUAUUCUUAGCCGGACUUAACCCUAAUAUGUACAUCUAUGUGACACAGGAGUAGUUCCUUUUUCUGUUUGACUUCUGAUAACAAGCACUUCUUUGGGUGUUGAAUGCAGAAGUAGUUCUGAAUUAAAGCGUGUGCGUACUAGGGAAAUGACAUUACAAAAUGGAUACGUCUGCGACAAAGACAGAAUGUGAGUUGGUCAGGAAAAUAUGUUAAAGGAGUAUGUUUGUCCCUUGAAAUGCAAAACUCUUAUCUGGCACCAAGUAACAUGUGAGUACUUGUUCAUGUGGAAAGUUAACAGCGUAUGUUUUUUAUUGCAGAAACUCUCAUGGCAUAGUUAAAGCAUUAAGUAGCUGUACUGUUUAACAACUCGUGGUGCUUGUAGACCAGCUGGUUUUGUUGAUUUGGACAAAAAAGUUUAUUUGUUCAUUUUGACAUGUAUUGUUUCCAGUAUGUCAAACGAAUCAGUGACUAAAUGUUGCCGUUAUAAAUCAUCAAAAUUGGAAAAUGAAUUUGUUCGUGUGAAACUGCCCUGCUGCGUGUGUCUUAGAAUUUGGUUACUUAAAGUGAACUUGACUCUAUUUCUGUUCUCACUGAGCAUGAAAGCCACAUCCUGUGUGUGUGUGUAUAUGUGCGUGCUGGUGUUCACCAGAACCUCUAAAUUCAGUUAUGGUGAUGUAACUACAUGAGUGAGAGGCUGUUUCGCUAUAUUUUGCCCAUGUUCAUUAUGUCCCAACCGGCUGCCUAUUCUGUAUCAGAGUUUAAAGAAUGUGAUCAGACAUAGAGGCUCUAUUAACAGGACAUCUGUGCAGUUAAAGCAGCGUUAUCAGAGUGAAUAAACAAUGACUGGUAUUACAAUUUUGGCUGUUAAAGUUAUGCUUUGUUUGCUUUGUUUUUUAUGUCUUAUAUACAAUACAAAAUUAUGGCAGCAUAAGUAAACAACCUGCUUCCAGUUUUCAGGCUUUGAUUCAAAUGUUGCUAAACUCUGAUUGGUGCAUGGAAAUGUGUGACAUCAAUUUUCCCCAAAUGAGCCCUGCCUACUUCAGACCCAAAAAAAAAUCAAAACCAAAAAAAAAAAAAAAAAAAAAAACCCCACAGAAAUCUUUUGUGUGAAAUAACCAAAACUGUUGCAAAAUUUGGGCUCUCAUGCAUCCAGUGUUUCUUAGCAAGAAAGCGAUUGGAGAAAGGGGUUUUUUAGGACCUUUAAUUUAAAAGAGAAUUUUGUCAGCACUUAUCAGCACUUAUGUACCUUGGGAUAUUUGUUCUGUUGCAUGAUUUUCAGUUUGGUUGCAGCCUGUGAGAGAAACGCCCAUGCGGCAUUGAUUUUCACACUGUUUAAAAUCAUCAGUGUCCUCCCCCUUGUUGCCUGGUUGCCAUGGAACCACACCGUAAUCAUUUAAGAGAAAUCCUGCUCGACAAGCUUUCGUAACACUUGAGAUACCGAAAUGAGUCACAGUGUUUCUCCCUGAAGAGUUUCCUGAUUGUGAGGGACUCUGCAACGUCUCAGCCCAGCCUGGUGUGUGUGUCUGCUGGAGGAGAGAAUGGAGCGGUUCUUGACUAUAGCAUCAAAAGUACAGACACAGCUUGUGCUCUUCUACUCUCUGACCAGGGAUGUGUUGGCUGUUUGUCUUUACAUUCCUCACUGGAUCUUCACUGUAACCGAUAAGAGGAAAAACCGUCUCUCUCAACUUGAACCCGAAACUUGGCUGAGCACACCGUCUGAGCAGCUGACUGAAGAAAUGAUCCACAGGGAGCCAAGCAGUGUAAUGUGCUCCAUACAGCUGACUUCCACCAAUGGGGCCCUGUGUAUCAUCAAUCCUCUCUACCUUCGUGAACAUGGAGAUGAUUGGCUGACCCAUAAGGCGACUGCUGUACAGUGUCGCACAGGGCCAUCAAAUUACAGACAAGAGCGACGCCUCAGCACCACCAGACCAUGGGCGGGGGCAGGAUUACAAAGUAAACGAGCCAUCUCGUUGGACCAAGAACCUGCUGCUGCCGGUACAGAGAAUUCUGGUCUAAUCAGAGCCAGGUCAGCUGAUUCGCCUCAGUGUCCCUUCACCCCAUCAGUACCAGUUGCUCCUGCAGGUGUGGUUCUUAGGAGGCCCAGCAGAGAUUCUGGCUCCAACACUCCUGACAGAGAGAGCAUGGAGAGCCUUCCUCCAUAUUCUCCGUCCACCCCUGGAAGUUUAAAUAGCAAAGUGUUCGAGCAGCAGCACCACGGCAGCCCUCUGCCUCAGUCUCCUCAUAGGGUAUCCUGGAUUGAGGAUGGGGUCUGGCUGCCCCCUCCUAGACCUUCCUCUUUGCUUCAGCCCCCAUCACUGGAGUUUGACUCACUGUCAAUAAGCAGCAUAGAAGAAGAGCAGGAGUCCCAAACACCAAACCCUAACCCACACUACCCGUGUACACAACGGUUGGCUGACAAGGUCAUACAUAGACUCUCAGCUGUGGGUCAGGCUCUUGGUGGGCUGGUAAGUCAGAAGAAAAGACUAACCAACCGAGUGCAGGAGUUGAGUGAGCGGAAAGGUGAACCAUUUGCAGAGGCUGUGAAAGGAUUUUUGGAGACGACGCUGAAGAAAGGGGCUGAUCAUGGCGGGGUCACAGACUUCUUACAGGAUGUGAGAUCAUCACUCACAUCACUGAGGGAGACUCUGUUGGACUGUCAAGAAAUCCAGGCAUUGUUGGACAGCAUCACUGACAUAAAUGACUCAGAGAUUGACUCCCUGGUAGAACUUUCCCUCCACAAGGUAGCUCUGAAGCCUGUUUCUGCAUGCAUCUACUCCUGUAUUCAUGCCUCCCGGGCUGAUGAUGGCAGCUUCAAGCGUCUCCAGAGCAACAUGCGUGUGCUGGAAAAGAAGGGGAUGGAGGAGCUGGGAGGGUCAGCAGGAGUUGGAGUUCCUGACUCUGUCACCCUGGAGCGGAUCCAACAGAGGUGGAUCAGUGUGCAUGAAGCCUACUCCCCAAACAAGAAGGUCGAGAUCCUGCUCAAAGUCUGCAAGAGCAUCUAUCACAGCAUGAGUGCUAAUGCUAGCUCAGCAGGUACAGUAUUUGGAGCGGAUGAUUUCCUGCCCUGCCUGACAUGGGUGCUGCUCCGUAGUGACGUGGUCACCUUACAGAUAGACACAGACUACAUGAUGGAGCUCCUGGACCCCUCACAGCUACAGGGAGAGGGUGGCUACUACCUUACAACCCUGUACGCCUCUCUUUACUACAUCAGCAGCUUCCAGCCACGACUAGCUGCCCGGCAGCUUAGUGUCGAAGCGCAACACUCUCUCAACAAAUGGCAUCGCAGGCGCACCCUGCACUGCAACCAGUCACGCCGCAGCAAGCACCGACAGACAAUUCGCAGGCAGUCGGGUCGAGAGAGAGCCGUGCAGAACUCUGAGACAGAAACUGAAAGUAAAGAGAAAAAUGGAAAAGAACCUGAUUCUGUUGAUAUCGUUGAGUCCCAGCAGCAGACAGAGAGCACCGCAGAGGCUCUGCAGCCACUGAUGGAAGAGACAAGCAGGACACAGGUCGCUGAGGACGAAUCACAGACGUCCACUCCAGCAACAGAAUGUAAUCAGCAAGACGUCAUAAAGAGCAAACAGGAAGGGAAUCAGACUCUGUGUGCAGCUUGGGAAGAGGAUCACGGAGGACUGUAAUGGAGAGAGGACAUACCGGAGAAGCAUACAAUUGCAACCUGUCAGCCACACAUUUUUUGACCUUUUAGACAAGGUCAUAUUGUCUAAAAACAUUCACAAUGGGUCAAACCAUUUUUUUAUUAUUAUUUUAAUUAAUUAAUUUUUUUUUUAUUAAUUGAGGGAUACUUUUGCUUUUCUGCAAUUAUAACUUUCUUUUUUUUCUUUUUCUUUUUUUUUUUUACAAAAUGCUGGAUACUUUUAUCUCUUCGGAGUUCUAAAAACCUUUCAAAAGAAAGAUUCAUGGAAGCAAAAAUGACUCUGAUUAAAGUGAUCACACUGUGCAUGCUGAGGCCAUUAAGUGAGAAGCGGUCAUAAGUGGUUGAGGAGCUCUGGCCAAAUUUAAUGUCAUUUUUAUAUUGUAAAGAGGAGAAGAGUUUAUACAAAAAUUGACGUUCAUUUGUUUGUUUUUUGUAUACACAAUUGAUCACACUGAUCAUUUAAUAGUGAUCCAGCAAACCACCUUUUCCUUGGAAAUAUGGUAAAUAUAAGUUAACUUGCAGUAGAUGUUAUAUGAUGCAGGAGAUGUGUCAAUUUAUUCUUUUAAUAAAUAGAUUCCCUUAGUCAGGGCACUGAUAUAUUUUGAGGCUAUUAGUCUUUGUAACAUGAGUUGGGAUUCUUUUAUAAGCUAAUUAAUUUAAACUUUGUUGUUUGUUAAACAUUGUUGAUUUGUCAAUAUAGUAUUAUUAUUACUAACAUAAAGGUAACAUAGGUAACAGUGUAGAAAUAGAGUAACUGAAUAAAACAGUUUGGCUUGUGUGGGUCACCAAUACCAUUCACUGCAGCAGCUGUGUCUCUCAUGAAACAGUGUCCAGUGCUGCUCAAGGACGAGACAAGUCUGCACGUUCACUCUCACCCAGGUUCUCAGCAGAAAAACUGCCAAACAGCAGACUGACAAACAGUGUCUAGCUGGUGAACAUAUAGGAGCAUGUAGCAGCUAAAGAGUCAGCUGUUUCCCCCAGGAAUUGGUUGAGACCAAGACGAAGCUAAAAGUAGAGUAAAUAUUGGAAUUACAUUCUUCAGAUAACAGAUACACAAUGUUAUGAAUAAUUAUGUUGUUCAGUCUCUGCUGGAUGUUUGCUAAUUUGACAAUGGUAACACAAUAAAUAUGAGAUAGUUGUGACUUUUCUUGUUGGUGUGCAUUUUCUGUCACCACAGUGGUUCAAAACAAUUAAUAAAUGGAGCUUUAAAUCCUAGUUACUAUUUUUUGCCUGAUAUCAUGACAUGCUUUUUAUUCACCAAAAUAUAAUGCUGUUGAACUACCA